UUUCCUUUUUCCGAUUUCUCGCGUCAUUAUUCGACAGGCAUUUUACACAAACAUAGCCCUGACAUCCUAAUAGUUUUUACCAUUUAACAACCGUCCUGCGGUUUGCAUUUUUUUUAGGUUUUAGGACCAAAUUUUUAAGUUUAUAUCAGUUUAAAUUUGUUGUCUAUUAAACAAAGAUCUUGAUCGUGCGACCCUGGAUACGCAUACUGAAGAUUUACUGUGCUCCCUUUGCAGCAGCUCGGGAUAGCACGGCUAAUUGGACUCGGGAGCAGUGCAUCAUCUCCAGAAGGGAUUCGGAAGCAGAAGAAGACCACCACCAGUAGGAGGAGGAACAGCACCCAAACCCAAGCCAGCUUAAUUGGCUUAGGCGACGGUUGUUGUUGUCGGCCCUCACUGUCAAUGUUGGCCACUGAAGUGUGAAAUGGGUGUGGUUUUCAACACCGAAAGGAUCAAGAAUACCAGAAGCCGCUUCGAGUGUUAGUGAAUUUCAAGGGGACAUUCCUGCAUCCUAAUCCGCCUUCCCCACUAAGAUGAAUUCUACAAUGGAGUUUACAAACACUAAGCCGAUGCGUUCCAAAAAACGACGACUGCGUCGAAGGCGCCAGAUUGCCUAUUUGGCCAUAUGUGGCUUAAGUGUAGCAAUUUUUGCCAUUGCAUUGGCCACGCUCAUUAGGCCAGCUGCGGCUGACGAUGAUCCUCCACCACCUGAAGAUCCACCGGCUGGUGACCCACCGGCUGGUGACCCACCGGCUGGAGACCCGCCGGCUGGAGACCCGCCGGCUGGAGACCCACCGGCAGGAGAUGCACCGGCUGGAGCCCCACCGGCUGGAGAUCCACCGGCUGGAGCCCCACCGGCUGGAGAUCCACCGGGUGAAAAAGCGCCCGCUGAUGCGCCAGCAUCUGACCCUAAAAAUCCACCUGCAGAUGAGGGUGAUUCGGGUAGACCGUGGCGCGAAGGUUACUCGGGCGAUGGCACAACCCACGAGCAGCUCGGUCAGCCCCAUUGGACGCCUGUGGAGUAUACACCUUAUCGGCCGACAACGAACUAUUCCGAGGAGCCGCCAAAGCUCACGUCGGCCAUGAACCCCAUCUUUAACUUUACGCACUUUAUAUUCGACACGGUGCUGUACACGAACGAUUCCUUUCCACCGGGAUAUAUUACGAUAAAGAAUGGAGACACCCUUCAAUUGGGUCCGAAAGUGCAGGAAAAUGAUUGGCGCGAUCUGUUGGCCCAUUAUUGGUUGGUUUUCAUUUGGAUUCUUCUGCUCAUGGUACUGAUCAUUGUCGUACCUUUUAUAGCCGUUUGCUACUGCUGCUUCUGUUGUUGUAAGCGCUGUCGCCAGGGCUGUCCACCGUGCACCAGCAAACAGGAUGCCCAAAGGCGCUGCUGCUGCGGCGUAUGCCUCCUGCUCCUCAUAAUUGGACUAAUCUUUGGAAUUAUCAUCGCUUUCGUGACCAACAAAAUGCUAGAGGACGGUUUCGGAGAGACCGACAAGACGAUGAAGCGCGGCGGCCAAGACACCUGCACCUAUCUGAAGGAUGUGGCCGAUCAUGUCCACCAUUUGUUGGUGUACAACUACGAGGAACUCGAGACACACGUUAAUGAUCAGCUAGCACGUGCCCACGAUCACAUAUUUUUGGAUUUAACCGACACAUCGCAGAGUACGUCGUUGUCUGACCUGGAACGGGUGCUGGAUAACAUGCCGGAGGCACUAAUUCUGAUGAAGGAAAUUGAUAAGAUGCAGAAGGACCUGGUCUUCUUUGGCUCACAGUUGAGAGAUGGUGUCCGCGGCAUGAAACGUGAUAUUAAUUUCGCCGUGGCCAAUCUGUGCCAGGUGCAGAUGUGCCAGAAGUUCCUCGUCAGCAGCAAUAUCGAGCAUAUUGAUACCUCGCCGUGCCUGCACUUUGACUGGCUUCCCAAUACCAAACAAUUUAUUGACGGCAUGCAGGAGAUCAUUAACAUGAAAUAUGCUGCGAUACCCAAGAAAGGCCUGAAGCAACUGAGCGAGGUCAAGGAAAUGGUCGCGAAGCAAAUGUCCUUUGUGGUACCAACAAUUUCGCGCGAUCUGAACAAAGGCAAGGGCGUCUUUCGGGAGCAGGCCACCAGUGUUCGCAACGUGGUGGAGGCUGUGCUGAGUGAUAUACACCACAAGACCCUGAGUUCGACCAAGUCCUUUGAAGAUGUUUACACGAAAUUUGGACCGGAUCGCAGCGUAGUUAGCCUGCUUGUGGGGCUCAUCAUAUUGCUGAUUCUAUUCAUACUGAUCUGGGCUUUGCUUUGCGGAUGCUUCGGACGACGGCGCAGUGGUUACGGCGACGAGUGCUGCAGCAAAUCUACCGGCGCCACCUGCCUGCUAAUAGCCAUCAUACUGAUAUUCUGCGUUUUCUCAUUCAUUUGCCUCGUUGGACUUUUCUACUUUGUUAUCGGCUUGGUGACCUAUCAGGGCGCUUGUGCCCCGUUGCGGGAUCGCGAGAACAACGCGGUAUUCCGGCAACUGGACGCCGCUAUAGAUGUGAAUCGCUAUUUACCGAGGCAUGACGAUAAGGACGCGCCGCCAAUGAAGAUGUCGAGUGCUUUGAAAUCGUGCAACGACAAUGAGACAGUGUUCGUGAUGAUGCGACAGCACAAAAUCUACGACAUCAAUGACUUGUCGCGUGUCAAGGUGAUCUCCAGCGAUCCCAGUGCGGUUCGCAUCUUUAACGACGAUCUGUCCAAAGUGAAACUGAUCGAAAAGGAUGAUCGUGAAAAGCUUAAAAAGUUGGGCCAAAACCAACUGGGGUCGUAUCGCGGCUCCACGUACUCGUCCAGACAGUGCACCAAGUUCACCCCCAUGAAUCUCAUCGCCCUCUCUGAGCAGCUGUCGAGCCUUUCCAACGAUCUUGAGUAUCCAGCCUAUGGCUGGGCCAAAGUCUCCUUCUGGAACGAGGGCCUCAACGCCAAGACCUUGCACCGCAACUUUGUACCGAAGCUGACCAGCCUUGUGGAAAAGAUGAGGGCCACUUGGAAGAAGAUAGACGAGAUGAUAUUGUUCAACAAUCUCGAUUUUGAAGAUUCCAUCACACUUCUCAAUAAAGCGGUGAUUGAUUCAGAGGAAUUCAUUCAGACGCGUGGCAAGGACUACAUCAAUGUGCUGGGCACCGGUUUGACGACCACCAUUCAGAAGCAAAUCGAUGACUACGUUAAAAUGGUUAUGCGGGAGGCUAACGAGAAUGUGGGACACUGUGCGCCACUGGGUUAUAUAUACCAGCGUGGCGUUGACCUCAUCUGUCACCGUUUGGUGGAUCCAAUUAAUGGCUACUGGGUGGGCAUUCUGCUGUGCGCCUUUCUCUUCCUACCCAUUCUCUAUGUGGCCCAUCGCCUGAUGUGUCUGUACAAGAAGAUCUAUCCCUAUCUGGCUACCGUGGGAGCUGGCGGCGUUGUCGAGGGCGGCAGCGACUAUCUGUACGACGCUUAUAGUGAGCGCGAACGCGAGCAUGUUCCAUUGGCGAAUGUACCCAAGAAGCGACGCAAGGCCUACGAGCGACGGCACCGGGAGCAGCAGGACUACUAUGAGGAUGCCUCACCCAGUGCGUCGCGUGCCACUCGCUCUGGCGGAGAACGCGGUGGCGGUGGCGGAGGUGGAGAGCGCGGCGAUGGCGCUCCAGGCAGCAGCAGCAUGCGUUACAACGACAUGGCACCCACGCACUGGGAUCAUGAGCCACCGCGCUACCACAAUCCACCAGCUGCGCCGCCAUCCUCGGAGUACGAGCGUCCGCCGCCCUACUAUUACCCCGGGGCCUCUGAGCAGGACUAGAGAGUGAAGGAAUGAGUUGAGAGGUGGCAACAUGGAUGACGAUUUUGAUUUGAACCCAAACCCUCACCUAUCCCCCUUACACUGAGACUGUACUUUUAGUUAAAAAGCGUAAACAAAAGCAUAACUGAAAUUAUAUAAUUUAAUUAAGUAGUACUGUAGCAUCACACAUGUGUUAUAUAUAUAUAUUAAUAUCUGCCAUUGACCUACAGAAGAUAAUGUUAAGUGCGAAACUCUGAAAUUCACUCAAAUAUCAUUUCACAAUUAUGUAUGUACUUUGAAAAUGUUGCCAAAAGACGACGAUGACGACGACGAUUAUAAUGAUGAUGAGCACUUAAGAAACAUGGAUAGAAUGGAUAGAUGGACGCAUUUAAUGGUACAGAGAAGAGAUGAUCAUCUAUAUAGAUAGAAGGUCGCACGGCACAGGCGUAGGAUCUGAUGAGUCAACCUUGAAGAAGUUUGGCAUUCGCCGGACCGCAAGGUCGCUGAAGCUUUAAGGAAUCUCAUAAUUUUAUUAUGCACGACGACGAUGAUGAGAAAAAUAAGCAAAUAUCUAGCAAGCAAGCAAAACUACAUAAAUAACCGAUCAAACAAGAACACUUCAUGGAAUCUGUAAUACUUCCAGCAAAUCAAAAUCAAGAGAAGAUAAGAAAACAAGAAAGAAAUAUUUGAUCAAUACCAAAACUGCCAUUUUAAUUUAGAAAAGAGUGCAGUACCCAGGAGUUGAGAGUUAUUCAAUGCAUUUAAUGUAUUUAUUUUAGAUUGAAAAUGAAAAAACAAAAUGUAAACGCAAUACACGCGACACUGAUUGAACACCAAUCCAACUGCAAAUCAAUAAACUGGAAAAUAAUAUGGAUACCAA